AUGAUGAUGAUGAUGAUGAUGAUGCUGAAUUCCAACAAUGCGAUGUGUUGGACCCAGAACAACUGCCGAUGCCAUAUCCUGUGGACAUUCGACGCUUGAGAAGAUGGGAGAUGGGGCAACGAGGACGGUAGAACCUAUCGAAGUGCUUUGUCGGAAUCUGUUAACAGUCGUGAGAAGGGGAGGCAAGUGGAUUUGUGUGUCGUACUCGACGACACGAUUCCAGCAUCUUCACCGAGGAGGUUCUGCUGGAGACAUGUCUAUAUCUGGGACUUCUGACCCGCCGAGGCAGGGCUGGAAGGUUAUCGCCAAGCGCAGCCUUCGCGAGACGAGUGGACAACGGACGAUCAAGGAUGGUUCAGGCGAGAGGAUAGUCUACGAACCCAGUACCAGUGUGUCUGCGUACAUCCUAGAGAAGAUUUCAUGAUCCGGCAGUUGCAGCUAGUCGUGUCCGCGACGUACAUAUCACUUCAAGACACUUUGCAUGGGCUC